AUGCCGCGAUUGUCGUUCCUCGAUCUGUCGCAUGUGCCACGCCUUGAACUUCUCAGUGAAGGCUUCUCCAAUCUUCCCUAUCUGUUGCAUCUCAACAUUUCCGGCUGUGGGGUGGAACAACUGCUGGCCUCGCACUUUCCUACCGUUUGCCCGAUAAUAGAGCUCGACGCCAGCGAUAAUAAGCUUAGUGUUCUCACAAAGGAUUUGCUUAGCAAAUUUUCCAAAUUGAUUUUUGCUGUUUUCGCAAAUAAUUCAUUGACUCAUGUAGAAGUGCCAUACAUGCGAUCUUUAGGUAUCUUAGACCUUAGUCAUAACAACUUGACAACCUUCAACAUCACCUUGGGCAAUUGUCCGUACUUGAAAAAGCUGUACCUCAACAAGAAUAAGCUCACUCAGAGUGCUCACUUCGCUGGUCUGACUUCUUUACGCCAUUUGCAUUUGGCGUCAAACUACAACAUGGAGCUAAUAGGACACACUUUUGAGGCCCUCGAGCAACUGGAGACGCUUGACUUGUCCCACAUUUUUCUCGAAAAUCUGAGUCCGCAUCUCUUCGGAUUCAAACAGGUGAACAAGAAAGGUCGCUAUAAAUAUUUGCCAAUGGUUCACAUGCGUAAGCUUUCUCUAACGGGCAAUAUGCUCCAGCAUCUGCACCCGAGAACUUUUAAAAAAUUGCCCUUUUUGGAUACACUCUUGCUAUCCCGUAAUGCAUUGCGUGUGCUUCCCGCGGGCCUUUUUUGUUCCAAUCCGAAAUCUGAGGAUGCUUGA